AUGGAUUCAUCCCCAGCAGAGCUGCAAAUCGAUAUCGUGAUCACAUCCUCAUUUUCCACCAAGCCGGGAAUGGGCGACGAAAUGGAGACGCUGCUCGGGAAAAUUCUAGCACACGUGAAGCAGAACGAGCCUGGGACGCUCGAGUGUUCGAUUGCGCGUAACGGGAGCACGGAGAGCUUCGUCACGUGGGAACGAUUCAAGGACACCGAUGCGUUGAAAGUUCAUUCGCAAAGCCCGUUCUUGGCUGAGCUCAUGAAUAGCGGGUUGCUGGAGAAGAUUGAGCCUCAGGCAGGCAUCCAGAUCUCGCCGUCCAAGGGACUCCCGCAAAUCGGGUCCAGCGGGACUUUAGAAGUUGCGGGGCCCAGCGCUGCAGGAAGAGUGUCUUUACUCGAAGGUGGAUCUGAGGAUGAGAGGAUGCGCGCGAUAGAAGAGGAACAAUGCCAAGCUGCGAACAAAGCAAAUUUAGCAUUUCUCAUCCAAACCCAGAACCUGCAAGGCGCUUAA